ACAGGUCGUAAGCCCCGGCGAGGAAACCCGUGCCCGCAAUCGCGGCGGCGGUGAAAUGGUACCGCUGCGUCCUGGCGCGGUCGAGCGUCGCCAGGACGUUGAGCGGGUGCGCGCGCGCCAUGGAUAGCCGGCCGGCCGGCGCCGCCGCCGCCCAGCGCGCUUGGCUUAGCUUGGUGGCCAAUCGCCGCUUGCGUCUCGAGCUUUCCGCUUGGUGCGCUGGCUCGCCGCGAAUGGUUCGUUGAGUCAAAGUCAAUGCUCUCAGCCAUAAAAUCCCUUCAACCUCCUGCCAGCAACUUCCACGGAAGAAAAGUCUUAUGUACAGGGAUCCAUUAUCCUGGGUCAUGGCUACAGAGCUCAACAAAUCAAUGGAAGGGACCCUUUGCCACGAGUUUGAGACUGGACUCCCUGCUGCCGAGGUAUGGGAGGUCUAUGGAGGCCUCGUUGUUGCGGAUUUGAUCCCCCGGUUGCUUCCUGAAGUGUUCUCGAAGGUUGAGCUUGUAGAAGGAGAUGGCGGCGUUGGAACAGUCCUGCUUGUCACCUUUCCUCCAGGAACUCCAGGAUCACAAACUUUCAAAGAAAAGUUCAUCAAGGUCAAUAACGAAAACUACGUCAAGGAAGCACUUGUAACUGAAGGGGGCUUUCUAGAUCAUGGAUUUCAGAAAUACUUGGUACGAAUCGAGAUUAUAGGAAAAGAAGAGAAGACAUCGAUAAUAAGAUCAACAAUUGAAUAUGAAGUUCAUCAUGAGCAUGCAAACAACCCCCCUGUUAUCAGUACCAGUGGUUUAGCUACUAUUGCUGAGUCCAUCACAAAAUACAUCAAGGAGCAGAAGGGUCUUGAGUAAGCCAAGUAAUUAACUCUAGAAAUAAAAAGGACCAUGUUGUGUAUAUUUUUGAAUAGUGAAGAUAACAAUAUAUCGAAGAACCAUGUUAUGUUAA